AUGUCCCUUCUGAGCCCGGAGCAGAAGGGAGAUUUCUACGCUCAGGAUGAUUCGGAUGCUACCCCGGUAGUUUCGCCUUUUGAACAGAAACAACCAUUCCCCCCUCUACCUGACGAGCUAGAAACACCCGGAGAAACACCAGGUGAUAGCUACCCCGACGACGAUGAGCAGGAUGUAGCUUCCCCUACCCACCGCGGAAUCGAAGCGGGGGAUGAUAUGGAUUUUCACUCCCAUUAUUCCCUGGAAGACCAGUCUUUCUCAGAUGCUUCCACGGACUCGAACGACGAGCAGUCGCCUGAGGAUGGCAUUGCGAUGCACCAUCCUUUCCGGCAGUCGGCAAGUUCGCUUCACGGACCUAACGCGUUUGCGCCGCCGUUUUACAACAGACCCCCCACACCAUUACCGCCAUCCCCGUCGUUGACGUCUUUACUCCGACCUCCUUUUUCUACUACUACAUCGCGGCCGACUACUCCUGACAGUUCCGAUGUGGAGACGCCCAAUGAUACUGAAGCUGCUGUCGCAAUAUCAGCACGACGGGCGACGACUGUGCCUAGGGCAAGCCCCAAGGUACCAACUUACGAAUAUUAUGGCUUCGUCCUCUACCUUGCGUCGUCAUUAGCAUUCCUGAUAUAUAUCCUCUGGUCAUACCUCCCAUCGCCCUUUUUACAUCAACUUGGCAUAUACUAUUAUCCGAACCGCUGGUGGUCGUUGGCGUUUCCUUCUUGGCUCGUCAUGUCGAUCAUCUAUAUUUAUGUCGCCUUGGCAUCUUACAAUACGGGGUAUCUGACUCUACCAAUGAACAGCGUAGAGAAUAUCGUGGAUGAAGUGGCAAAUGUAGCAGUCAUCGACGGGAAGGGCAGACGGCGGCCCGGCGGUGCUGCAAAGAUGCGUCCUGGCGCAACCUCUUAUCAGAUAAUGGGACCGCAAAACCGGCGAGUCAAUUGGAGAGAGAUCUGGAGCGAGGGGACGGAUGCGGUUCUGGAUGUUCCGGUUGGGGGUGUAUGCGAGGUACUCUACGGACAGGAAAGGGAUGGCGAAGACGAUGUUUGUGAAGAAAGCCUCGAUUUAUAG